GGAAGCUCCAGAGCGUCAGAUGAACAUGGCGUUGAGAGGAGGGAGGACUGUCAUCACUCCACGGAGGUAAACAACCGCUGCAUAGCUGCCGCGGCCACAGCUUUUACCCUGAAAGCCAGUGAAGGAUUACAUGGGACUGCUGACGCCUCCCUGACAACAUUUGUCUGCGUUUCGUCCUUUUAUGACACUUUCUGGGACUCCGCGUAAGCCGUAGAUAGAAAAAGGGGGCGGUAGAGCAGAGUUGACAGCUAACGUGUACCUGAAUGACUUGACCACAGAAUGUGUGCCAACCGUUUUAGCUAACCAGCAUUAACUUGCGCACUGGGAGCUGUUAUCGACCCUGCUCGAGCCUCAUGCUGUUUCAGUGAACUCCUCUUGCACUAAGAGCCAUUAGUUAGUCGAUAACGACAGAACAUGGUUCGGUAAACUGUUGCUCUGUAUUUGCAUACAACACACACACACACAGACACACAGUUUAGCUAGUAGUGUAUUUACAGGGAAUUCACUCACCUCAGCGUCAUAUGCCAGGUUUGUUUUUACUCUCAGCUUGUAAAGUGUAAGACGUAUAGCGUUGAGGAAAUGUCCGAUAACCAGAGCUGGAACUCAUCCGGUUCCGAGGAGGAUUUGGAGCCCAGAGAGGAGCACGGACAUCCCGUAGGUGUGGGCGAUUUGAGCGGAGUCCUCAGUAAGUGGACAAACUACAUCCAUGGCUGGCAGGACCGUUGGGUGGUGCUGAAAAACAACACGCUGAGCUAUUACAAGUCUCAGGAUGAAACGGAGUACGGCUGCCGAGGUUCCCUCUGCCUCAGUAAAGCUGUUAUUACUCCUCACGAGUUUGACGAGUGCCGACUGGACAUCAGCGUGAACGACAGUGUGUGGUACCUAAGAGCACAAGACCCAGAGCACAGACACCAGUGGAUUGACUCCAUUGAGCUGCACAGGAGUGUCAGAGAGGGGAGAAGAGAGAGGGGAGGAGUCCAGGGAACAAAAAUCAUCACUCCACCACUGGUGCGUUUGUUGGCUGAUUCAGGAUAUGGCUCAGAGUCUAGUCUGCGCAGACAUGGCUCCAUGUUGUCUCUCACAUCAGCCACCAGUGGCUUCUCCGCAACGUCCACAUCCUCCUUCAAGAAAGGGCACAGACUGAGGGAGAAGCUGGCCGAGAUGGAGACCUUCAGAGAUAUUUUGUGUCGGCAGGUGGACACACUUCAGAAGUACUUUGACAGCUGUUCAGAUGCUUCCAAGGAUGAGCUGCAGAGAGACAAAGUCGUGGAAGAUGAUGAAGAUGAUUUCCCCAACACCCGCUCAGAUGGAGAGUUUCUGCACAACAACAACAAUGGCAGCAAAGAAAAAUUGUUUCAGUCUUUGAUUCCCAAGGGAAUCAUCGGCAUUGACUUUAAGGGUGAAGCCAUCACAUUCAAGGCUACCACAGCGGGUAUCCUAGCCACUCUGUCCCACUGUAUCGACCUCAUGGUGAAGAGAGAGGACUGCUGGCAGAAGAGACUGGAUAAGGAGAUGGAGAAGCGGCGAAGGAUAGAGGAGAGCUACAAAUCAGCCCUCAACGAACUGAAGAAAAAGUCUCACUUUGGAGGUCCAGACUAUGAAGAAGGCCCAAACAGCCUCAUUAACGAGGAUGAAUUCUUCGACGCGGUCGAGGCUGCUCUCGACAGACAAGACAAAAUCGAAGAACGGUGCCAAACUGAGAAGACGAGGAUACAGAGGUCCAGUCCUGUUCCGCUCGUGGACGUCCACUCCAACACCGGCUCACAUAGAUUCUCCAACAAGCCUCGUUAUAGUCAGUCCUCCCCCGCACUCGUAGUCAGGUCCCUUCCCCGUGAUGACCACAGAUUCAGCACAGAGGUGGAGGAGAUGGUGCAGAAUCACAUGACCUACUCCCUGCAGGAUGUUGGUGGAGAUGCCAACUGGCAGCUGGUUGUGGAAGAGGGGGAAAUGAAGGUGUACAGGAGAGAGGUGGAAGAAAAUGGGAUUGUUCUGGACCCGCUGAAGGCCACCCACUCAGUGAAGGGGGUGACUGGUCAUGAGGUCUGUCACUACUUUUGGGACACGGCCUAUCGCAACGACUGGGAGACCACUAUUGAAAACUUCAACGUCGUGGAGGCGUUGUCGGAAAACGCAGCAAUCAUCUAUCAAACGCACAAGCGGGUGUGGCCUGCGUCUCAGAGGGACGUGCUGUACCUCUCCUCCAUGAGGAAGAUCGUCGCCAACAACGAGAACGACCCCGACACCUGGCUGGUCUGCAACUUCUCUGUGGAUCAUGACGACGCACAGCCAUCCAACAGGUGUGUCCGUGCCAAAAUCAACAUCGCCAUCAUCUGUCAGACCCUGGUCAGUCCACCAGAGGGCGACAAAGAGAUCAGCAGAGACAACCUCCUGUGUAAAAUCACCUAUGUCGCCAACGUAAACCCAGGAGGCUGGGCUCCUGCCUCUGUGCUCAGGGCUGUGGCAAAGAGAGAAUACCCCAAGUUCCUCAAACGCUUCACCUCCUACGUGCAGGAAAAAACCGCCAGCAAACCCAUCUUAUUCUGAAGCUCACAGUGUGGACACACGUAGACGAGUCUCUGUGACGCUCCGACCACCUCCCCGUCUUCUGUCUCCUGUCACUGCUCUGCCGCCAUGACGACGAGGCGCAUUCACUAAUUUGGUUUGGUUUCAGAAAACGACGCCCUCUGGUGGCCGCAUUUCAACACGGGUGGAACGGACCUCCGCCACGCGAGACAGCCAUUUAAAAAAAAAACAAAAUCGUGCAAUCGUAAUUCAUCGCGAUCGUUUCAAAAGCAGUUCCUGUCUCGGUCUCACUAAAUGACCGUUCCCUUCCUUACCCACAAGUCCUCGGGGCGGCUCCUUAAAGCACAGCUGACGCCAUCUUCUAUGGUCACGUAGAGAGAAAGUGACCUGCGAGAGUAGCCAUCACACCACGUCAAGACUGUUUUCUGGCGGAUAUAUUAAUAAAUAAAUGUACGUAUGUUCUAUAAGAGGUUUGCUAUCGCUAAGAGUUCAAAUAUAUCUUGUGUUGAUUUGUCUUUUUAUUUUCCUGCAUAGUCGAUUCUCAGCCUCCUGGAGAAGUUUUUUUUUGCGAGCGACUGUUUUGAUUUAAAAUCGUAUGAAGUCCAGAGAGCCGUCAUCGACCCCGGUGACCCCUAUGACCUAAGACUUGACCUUUUCUGACCGCGUCGCUCUCAUGAAAGCGCCUCACGUCGGCGCCGACGGAGCGGCGAGUCGAAGAGUCCCGUUUCUGCGUGUAAAAACACACGUACGUGUACAUUAACGGGGUUUUUUUUUUGGAAUGUUCAAUGAAAUGUAAAUUUUCCAGUGAAGGUUCUGAGCUUUUUUCCCGUCGUGCCCGGAUGCCUUAGUGUUGCAGGAAGAUGUAGCUUCAGGUGAGAGAGUCAGUGCACCUGUGACAUCACUAGUGAAGUGCCUCGUGGCUUUGUUCCCUGUUAUUACUGCUGAGGUUUUCAGCCAUGUUUCUCUCUCUCUGAGUUAACGUAAAGCACAUAUUUUGAUGACAUUUUCUUUUGCUUAUGACGCCAAGAAAGAAUUGAUCCACACUUUUUUUUUUGUUGUUAAACUUGGGAAAGUGAGCGGCCUUGGCGGAGGGUCCCAGUGCUUUCUCUGGUUAUUUCUUGCGUCCUAUGAUACAUUUGCUGAGGGCUUACGUGACUGUUUUUAGUUCUAUCGUUGUGAAAACAUCAGGUUUUUUCCCCCCAGUGUUGCCACCUCAACCUCUCAGUCAGUAUUUCUGCAUGUGCCGUGCAACUAAUGGUUGUUACGGAGUAAGCGUGGGACGAUAUAUGAAAGUAUUCACACCCAAAUAGCUGCAGUUUAUAAAAUUACAAGCUCUUAAAUGCAUUAAAUUAACAUUUUGGUAAGAAUAUCUUAGUCCAUAACUGCUUUAAAAUAAAAAAUGAUUUGGCUUUCGUCGCCUUGGAAUGAGCCUUGUAUUUUUACUUCAGGAAAGAGGCUGCCGUCUUGUGGAUGGAACCAGUCAGUGUGUGUUUGUGUCACUAAGCAAACAAACAAACAAAAUAAAUCCCGCCCCCUGCAGCAUUUUCAGGUUACAAAAUAGUGAUUUUCAUGCUUCUAUAGCAUCCCGUCCUUACUGCUCACACAUGCCGUCACAGGUCUUUGUUCUUUUUUUUCCGACAGGUCACAGGAGGGAAAAGCACAGGUGAAACUGACGAUGGCCACGUUCCAUUUAGCUUACCCAGGUUCAGGCUGCGUCCUGGCUCCCAAUCGCACAGGAAACGAACAGCCGUCGUCACAGUUAUCAAUAACACCUGUGCUUUCCCUGCUCACAUUUGCUUUGAAAAAAAGUACUAUAAACAGUUUUGAAGAAUGCAAUAUUAGGUUUAAAUUUACAUUUCAUUUAUUUUCCAGGUUUUUUUUUUUGUUUAAACUAAAUCAUUUGUACUUGUGGUCAUGUACUAUUUCAGCUUCGGGGCAUCGGACUGAUUCACCUUUUACAUUUCAGAGCUCACAGUGUACAAAGGCGUGUGCGUGAGAGACUCAAACGUGACAUCGGAUCAAAGCUGUGUCGCCUACGCAGACAUUUCUUCCACGAGUUCUUAGCCGGCUGAAUGUAAAUGAGACAUUUUGUUUUGUAAAUAAUCUGUUCAUACUAAUGCUGUGGGAUCAACUUACAGGUGUACUGUGACAACGUGGCACUCGUGCCGUGUUUAAAAAGUGAAAUAAAUAAGUUCAUCCUC